UCAUAGAGCAAGAUGAGGUGGAGGAGACGGCAUUUGAGGAGAUGACGGCCGUCAUAUCGAGACUGCAUUCCGUUGGUAGUCGCCUAAACGGCGUUGUUAUGGAUUUAACGAAACUGAUCGCUCCCAACACGAGUAUAUACUAUACGUACGCGGGUUCUCUAACGUCACCAAUGUGCAACGAAGUCGUCACCUGGAUUUUGUUCCCUGAACACGUUUAUAUGACGGAGACACAGUAUAACUUACUGGAGAAGCUGCGUGAAGGGCAUUAUAACUACCGCAGCCUGCAGCCGGUGGUGCGGCAGACCGUGUACCAGCCGCCGAUGGACUUCCUCAUGGAGCCGCAGAUCGUCACAUCCAUCAAGAACGCACUCAUCUCUGUCGUUAACUUCUUUACUAAUGUUAGAAGCUUCAUGAUGAAAGGUUUCGACACGCCUUAGCGUUCAGCCCGCGGGUUGGAUAACUUCCAAGUAUCUCCUGCACAGAUAUCGUGUUUGGUAGAUACUAUAUGGAAGGCUAUAGAAAAACUCAACCCGUGCGCAGAUCCUAAGUCGUACACGUGCACAGUACUACGCAAAUUGUGUCGAAAACUAAAACUACCAGGCAGCACUUGUUAGAAAUACUGGCUACUAUUUCCCAACGUUUACGUAUAGGAGACUAGCUAAUCGCGAUUUCGCCCGCGUAAAAUUAAAAAGAAAAUAUAGCCUAUGUUAUGUGCACGGUAGUAAUAUAUGCACAGUUUUUUUUUAAAUCGGCCCCGUAGUUUUUUAAUUAUUUCAAUACAUACAAGAAUGCAAAUCUUUCCUCCUCAUAAUAUUAUGAGAUUUAGAAGAGAAUGGGACGCAUAAGUAGGGGAAAUGUCCCUUAUGUGUCACCUCUGUUUAAAAAUGGGCAAACGCAUUUGUAAAUGCUAAUAUUUAUAGGCUUUUUAAAAAGUAACAUUUGUACUAAAAUGCAAAAUAGAUAUAUACUAGUAUUAAGUAGCCCUUUGACCUCUAGAUCUGCUAGCCUACAAUUCUCAAUCUUUUAUUCCUUUUGGAAAAAACGUUGUUUAUUUAUUAUGUGGUAUUAAAUAAAAAGCAUAUCCGAGUCGUAUGUUUAUUUCAAUAUUAACAACUUCACACACAUCCCGCACUCGUCACUGCAAUGUGAACUCUGACAUAUUACGAAUAAGGUUUAAAUUACAAACACACAAAAAAUAUAUACAGGGUUGAAUCUAGUUUACAUUUAUUUGUAUUAUUUAUUUCAAAUUAAUACAUAACGUUAUUGUUAAAAUAAAUAACAUGUUGGCAAACAAAUUCGUUAGCUAUUUCGAAAGCUUUAGCCAUUUAUGUAAAAGUGUUAUUUUAUACAUUUGCGUUUAUUCAAAUAUUUUAAAUAGGGAUAAUAAUAUUUAAAUUACUCUAAUUUCACGGUAACAUACGGUUAAAACAUAAGUCAUUUUAAAACAAUGUCUACAGAUUUUAAUUAACAUUUAGUUAUAGCUUUAGCGUAACCUUGAACUGAACUUAAGCUACAAUUUACAGCUUACGGCUCAAAUCGAGUUACUAUUACUGAGUUAAAUCGCAAGCUGGAUGACUAACUCACGCUUUAGUCAUGUACAAUCAGGGAAACUGUCGGUGUUCCAUCUCAAGCUACUAUAGAAGAACAUUUUGAAACGAGACGCAGAACAAAACCCAAUACAACAAUAAAUGUAUACGAAAAAAGUCAGUUGGUCAUACACAGUUCUUUUUUUUAUUAUUUUCAAUUCUUUUGCACUUAUAGCCGGUUUCCCAGCUAUGUUUAACCAUUCGUUAGUGUUUUUGUUUCGAUAACUUCAUGAAAUGCGUUUCCGAACUACGUAACUAGAGUUUUAAUCCGUUGAAACAAAACCUAACGAUAAUAAGUCAAUAAUGACAAAAUAAAUGGAAACCUCAGAAACUCACCUUUACUGCUUUCUAAUAAGGCAUUUGUAAUAAGAGGCGGUGUUUGUUCCAUUCUAAUGUACAAGGCAUUUUUUCCUAAGUGGAACAAUGCAGAUUUCCGCGACUGUACAAAUUGAGCUGUGAGCUAUUCACUGAUCUGCUUCUGAGCUGAGCUGUAGAUCAAUUUUACUUGAUUUACCCAUCACUAAUAAAAGAAUCAACUAUUAUAAGGUACCUAGUUACGGAUAUCUAAACCCUUAAAUACCUGAAGUUUCAAAUUUUGAUAACGGUUAAAAAUCGCAUUGGGCACCUACAAUCGAUUUUAUUUUCAUACUAGCUGUUCCGUGCGGCUUUAUUCGCAUAAAAUUAUGAAAAUUUUAUU